AUGUCCGAAUUCGAUAACUACAAAGGCUACGCAUGCAGAGGUCCACACGGCAGUCACGACGACAAAGAUCACUACUAUGAAAGAAUUCAAGCUUCCGCCAAGGAGUGCCGACAAGCAUGCGAGCGCCAGGAUUGGUGCACCGGCUACGAGACUGGCAAGAACAAUCACUGUGAGCUGUGGGAGAAUGAGAUUGGUACUGAUCUCGAGCGUAAACACGGUUUAUCAUGCUACGUUAAAGAGAUAGUUGAGCCUGAAUAUGACUACGAUGAGGAAUUGAGGUACGGAUGUCGGGGACUUCAAGGAGAGCAUGAUAACAAAGACUACUACUACGAAUUUAAUCGACUAUCUGCCUCUGAGUGCCGAUAUCGGUGCGACCAGUACGAUUGGUGCACUGGAUACGAAACCGGGAAAAACAAUCACUGUGAGCUAUGGAAGGAGAAUAUCGGUGACCACCUCAAGAAGACGAGAGGUUUAACGUGCCACAUCAAAGAUACAGACACAAAUGUUGAUCCGUGCGAGGCUGGAAAGGUCAAAUCUAUAUCUGGUUCCAAAGCUAUCGACGUUACUUUUGAAAACCAAUUGAAGAGACCUGUUCAUGUCUCCUGGAUCGAUUAUGAAUAUGCAGCGGUUGAUUACAACACCCUGAGCUUUCGUGACUCGUACACUCAAUCGACUUACGAAUCCCACCCUUGGUUGUUGUCAGACAAUAAAGGCCAGAUCGUGCUAGAAGAUUUCAUCGUGGGUCACAACUCAUGCGCAGAAAACAGGCGGUCAAGAUCUGGUGCUCAAAAAUCCAAGUUCUCCGUUUACAACUCAGGGUCGCAUAUUAUGGAGCUUUACUGGUUGAACUACGAUGGUGAAAGCACUUACUACGGAAGCAUUGCUUCUAAGCAGACCUUCAAUAUGAAUACGUAUGCCACCCACCCGUGGUACAUUACUAUCAAAGGAAAGAUUGUUGUUCAGUGGACUGCAACUGCCUCCGACCUACAGCUAACUACUGAUGGCAAAGGGGAGUACAAAGUUGUUAUUCCAUAA